CUUUACUGCUCUCAGAUGACUUGUACCAGGUAGAGUUGCUCUCUAUGACCGUCACGGGUGCCUUGUCAGAACAUAAACGUAAGACUAAUGUCAGAGAUUCUGCUAAAAUACUGUGACAUUGUCAGAGGCCUGCCGAGCGCCGAGUGCAGCUCACCGCAUCCAAAACCAGAUGCCAGCGUACGCCCGCUUGCUACUACCAAAGAUUGAGUUUGACCAGAGCCCGUCCCAGUCCCACCUCCGUCCACGGUAGCAUCGGAUAAGGCACGGUGACCGCAAUGAGCGGCAGCGACGCCGCGGCCUCGGCGCAGGCGGACGACGCCGGCGCCAUCUGCGCCCAGAUCGCCGCCGUCUUCUCCGCGCCCUCGUCGCACCCGCCCGCGGGCUCCGUCCUGGUCUCCGAGCUCGCGGCUGCGGCGGCCCGGGGCGGGCGCGUGUUCGUGCACGGCGUCGGGCGGGAGGGCCUCAUGAUGCGCGCCCUCUGCAUGCGCCUGGCGCACCUCGGCCUCCCCGCGCACUGCGUCGGCGACGUCACGGCGCCGCCCGCCGGCGCGGGAGACCUCCUCGUGGCCUCCGCGGGGCCGGGUUCGUUCUCCACCGUCGACGCCAUCUGCGGCGUGGCGCGCGGCGCCGGGGCGCGCGUCCUGCUGCUCACGGCCCGCCCCGAAGGGGACUUCUCGCGGCGCCAGGCCGACGUCGUGGCGCACCUCCCCGCGCAGACCAUGGCGGACGACGAUGAGGAGGCGGAGGCGACGGAGUUGGAGAGGGCGUCGUCGCGGGCGAAGCUGCCGAUGGGGAGCCUGUACGAGGGAGCCAUGUUCGUGCUGUUCGAGAUGGUGGUGCUGGAGCUCGCGCGCGUAUUGGGCCAGAGCCCGCCCCAGAUGAGGGCCCGCCACACAAACCUGGAGUAGACUGAUGGCCCCCUUUGUCGAGCUCUACAGCCUCUACUGUGCAGCGAUGAACUGACUGAUGUUCAUCACCGUGUUGGUGGUUGAACAACAACACUUUACGCGUGAUUACCGAAUGAUAGUGUACAAUACUGGCACAGUGGUUUAGACGUUUGUUAGCAUCCACAAAGGGCGCAGAUCAUUCUGUAAUGCAUUAUUGGAGCGCUGGUUUUGAGUUCGUAAUAAUGGAGUCUCGUGUUGGUUACUUCAAUA